GCUAACUAAUUUUUUUUGUGGGGUUGAAUCAAACUGAAAGGCUCUUAUUUGUUCUUGUUGUCUAUUUUGUAAUGGUUUUGCACCUGUAAGUUACACUCAGAACUGGGUUUUUGAGUUGUUUGAAUUGCCUCAAUAAGUAUGUAGUUUUUAAUAUGAAUCUUUUUGUUGUGUGUUUCGUAUGAUCUAUGGUUUUAUCUGUUUCUAUGUUCCUUUUAUGUGAUAAAUGAUCAAAUGAUGAUAGAUCUUACAAUAUAUUGACAUAAAAAAUAUAUAUAUACAUUGCUUUACUGAUAUGUUCAUAAGGUUGGACCUAAUGCCUAUAUGAAAUCAUUAGUCAUAGGUAUUAAAACAUGGAGUCCACUGAACUGUGAUAUUCUGGCUCUGUAGGGCUUCUGUUGUAUGAUAAGAUAUGUUGAUGACUGUGAAUAAGUCAAGCUAAGCUCAGCCAAUAUUAGUCUUGUAAACGAGUCACAUAAACAUGACUUGAUAGCUGAGGUAAACAGUGCUGGCUACAAGUCAGUGCACAGCAGAGAGAUUGGAGGGCGAUAGUGGGAGCCAGUAAAUAGUUUUAAGUAGAUGGGAAAUCUAUUCUGUUGUGUGCAAGUUGAGCAGUCCACCGUGGUUAUUAAGGAGAAAUUUGGCAAGUUUGAUGACAUCCUUGAACCCGGAUGCCAUUGCUUACCAUGGAUCCUCGGACAUCAGAUUGCCGGCCACCUGUCUCUAAGGUUGCAGCAGUUAGACGUGCGUUGUGAAACCAAAACAAAGGACAAUGUCUUUGUCAAUGUUGUUGCAUCUGUUCAAUAUCGUGCCCUGGCAGAUAAGGCCAGUGAUGCUUUCUACAAACUCAGCAACACAAGGUCCCAAAUUCAGGCAUAUGUUUUUGAUGUGAUUAGGGCAAGUGUUCCGAAGCUGACUCUAGACAAUGUUUUUGAACAAAAAAAUGAAAUUGCUAAGGCUGUGGAAGAUGAACUUGAAAAGGCCAUGUCAGCAUACGGGUAUGAGAUAGUGCAAACACUCAUUGUUGACAUUGAACCAGAUGAACAUGUGAAGCGGGCAAUGAACGAAAUUAAUGCUGCUGCAAGACUGAGGGUAGCAGCCAAUGAAAAGGCUGAGGCUGAAAAGAUCUUACAGAUCAAAAGAGCUGAAGGUGAAGCUGAGUCCAAGUAUCUUUCAGGACUUGGUAUUGCCCGCCAGAGACAAGCAAUCGUGGAUGGUUUGAGAGACAGUGUGCUGGCAUUCUCUACCAAUGUGCCAGGAACCUCCGCAAAGGAUGUGAUGGACAUGGUCCUGGUUACGCAAUACUUUGAUACUAUGAAGGAAAUUGGUGCUGCUUCAAAAUCCUCAGCUGUCUUCAUUCCGCAUGGACCUGGUGCUGUCCGUGAUGUAGCUACCCAGAUCCGUGAUGGACUUCUUCAGGCAUCUGCUCAACAGUAAUUUGUUCAUGUUUGAGCAACACCGGUGCAUUUGUUAUUUCUAUUAAGUUUCCAUGAGUCUGGUUUUGUUAAUUGACAAUGGUCACUUUGUCAGUUGUAGUUGUAUUGUGCAUAUUUUAUUAAACAAGUUGUUAUGCCUGCUUUAUGAAGAUGAUACGAGUAUUUGGUUAAAAAAUAUCUUGAAAGUGGCUGGACUCUGCAUAAGUCAUCGAAUUAUCAUACAUUCUAGUCAGCUUUGCCCUAUUGGCUUUUUUUUUUUGGGGCGAUCA